AUGGAUGCUACGGGCUCCUCAGCUUGGGACUACGCCCUCUUCGUCGCCCUGACGCUGCUCAGCCUGGGAACCGGCCUCUAUAUGUCGCUGCGCAGGCGAGGUCGGCUGAGGACCAAGGAUGAGGCCUUCUUGGGCAGUCGCAGCAUACACGCGCUUCCCCUGGCCGUCUCCAUGGUGGCGUCCAACGUGACCGCGGUGGGCAUGGUGGCGUUCGUGGCCCACUACUACGUGCACGGCUUCCACACCAUGUGGAACAUACCGACCUUCGUGCCGCUAGAGGCCGUCAUCGUCUACCUCUUCCUGCCCGUCAUGUACGAGCUCAAGAUCACCUCCGUCUUCGAGUAUCUUCGGAUGCGCUACGGAAACGGCGUGGGAGUGGCGUCGUCCGUAAUAUACUUCGUGCUGAGCGGGGGCCUUCGAAGCGUCGUCUGGGCCGACGCCGUGCAGGCACUGAUUAUGACUGCCUCGCCCUUGAUAAUCAUCUUCAAGAUAAUCUACGACGCGGCUCACGACACGGCUCACAGCGCGGCGCCGCGGCGCCCUCUGGCGGACAUGAACGCGACGGCAUACUUCCUGCGGACAGACAUCGACUUCACGACGGACGAAACCAUCUGGGCCUCCUCGCUGGCAGCGUUUCCAAACCAGCUCAUGCGGCUCGGCCUGGACCAAAUGAUCACGCAGAGGUUCCUGGCUGCGAGAUCUCUCCAGGACGCAAGGAUGUAA